GGCGGGGAGGGGCGGGGCGGGGCGGGCGCCUCCGCGGGCUCAGCGGGAGCAGGUGGAGCCGCCGCUGGAGCCCGCCCGGCCCUGCCGAGGGAGGCGGUGGCUGGGCCAGGGCCAUGGAGCUGCUGAGGCUGAACCGGAGCAUGCCAGCAGCAGCACCGGGAGCUGGGCCAGGGGCUGCCCUCUGCCGCCCCGGGGUCCCCCUCCUCAACAGCAGCGACACCGGCAACCUCAGCUGCCAGCCGCCUGCCGCCCGAGGAAACGGGACACGAGAACUGGAGCUCGCCAUUAGGGUCACCCUCUAUGCAGUGAUCUUUCUGAUGAGCGUUGGAGGAAAUGUGCUCAUCAUUGUGAUCCUGGGACUGAGCCGCCGCUUGAGGACCGUCACCAACACCUUCCUGCUCUCCCUGGCCGUCAGCGACCUUCUCCUGGCUGUGGCCUGCAUGCCCUUCACCCUCCUGCCCAAUCUCAUGGGCACAUUCAUCUUCGGCACAGUAGUCUGCAAGGCGGUGGCCUACCUCAUGGGCGUGUCAGUAAGUGUGUCCACGUUAAGCCUGGUGGCCAUCGCCUUGGAGAGGUACAGCGCCAUCUGCCGACCGCUGCAGGCUCGCGUGUGGCAGACACGCUCCCACGCUGCUCGUGUGAUCGUAGCCACGUGGAUGCUGGCGGGGCUGCUCAUGGUGCCCUACCCCAUAUACACCGUCGUGCAGCCGGCGGGGCCCCGAGUGCUGCAGUGCGUGCAUCGCUGGCCCAGUGCGAGGGUUCGCCAAACCUGGUCGGUACUGCUGCUCCUGCUUUUGUUCUUCAUCCCGGGUGUGGUUAUGGCCGUGGCCUACGGGCUUAUUUCCCGCGAACUCUACUUAGGGCUUCGCUUUGAUGGCGACAAUGACAAUGAGAGCCAGAGCCGAGUCCGAAGCCCAGGAGGGUUGCCGGCUGGGGCGGGACCAGGUGCUGCCCUACAGAACGGGCGCUGCCGGCUGGAGACCCGGCUGGCGGGCGAGGACGGCGACGGCUGCUACGUGCAGCUCCCGCGCUCCCGGCCUGCGAUGGAGCUGUCCGCGCUGACGGCGCCCACUCCCCCCGGGCCAGCGUCCUGCCACCGGCCCACCCAGGCCAAGCUGCUGGCCAAGAAGCGCGUAGUGCGGAUGCUGCUGGUGAUCGUCGUGCUUUUCUUCCUGUGCUGGCUGCCCGUGUACAGCGCCAACACGUGGAAGGCCUUCGAUGGCCCCGGGGCGCGCCGGGCCCUGUCGGGUGCGCCCAUCUCCUUCAUCCACCUGCUGAGCUACGUCUCGGCCUGUGUCAACCCCCUGGUCUACUGCUUCAUGCACCGCCGCUUCCGCCAGGCCUGCCUGGACACGUGUGCCCGGUGCUGCCCGCGGCCUCCGCGAGCUCGCCCCAGGCCUCUCCCGGACGAGGACCCUCCCACCCCCUCCAUCGCGUCCCUGUCCAGGCUGAGCUACACCACCGUCAGCACGCUGGGGCCUGGCUGAGGGGUGGGGGCCGAGCGGGGGGCUAAGGCAAGACAGGCCGAUUUUUUCGAGCAUUGACCCAUUCAGACACACAGGAGACACAGACCACCCCUCGCAGAAGACCGACAGCCAACCGCAUGGACUUACCCCCAAUGCACAGGGAAGGGUGGCUUAUGGACGCAAAGUAAACAGAGCAGACCCACACACAGGAAAUGAGGCACACAUGGCUGUGGCAUGGAAACGUGGCCCUGAUCUUGGACAGACUCAGACGCAGCAUCCUUAGCGGAGGACUAUCCCCCAACAGCAGGACCUCUAUGACAGGGAAGGCCUCUGUCUCUCUCUCACUCACACACACACACACACACACACACACAGCGUAACGGCACUGAUUCAUUUAGAGAUCUGGGCUGACUCCUGAGAUGCCCCAGGCUGCCCCCAGCUCGACCCCACGGUGCCCUGCCCCAAGUAGCAUUGGGUUCACCAACCCCCUCUCACAGCUCCCUAACAGGCUGUUUUGCACUGAGAAGUCCCUUUGUUCUUUUCCAAUUAAAUAUUAUGUCCCUGCCCUCGCUUCCCGCAGCCGACCUCGUCAAUACAUAAUAAACGCCUUGGCUUCCUCCUAAA